GUUCAAGCACCGAGGAGCCCUCCAAUUUUUUUAUUCUGUUUCUUACCACAGCAAGCUUUUCCACCGUUGCUGCUUGUUCGGAACUCGCAAGGCGCACGCGGUCGUGGUGACUGAGCCCAGCUCACCGACGGUGACCUGGUGCGAGCGAGCUGAGCCGCAGCCGACCUCCGCGCGCGUCACCCAGUCCAAUCCAAUCCAGUCCAGUCCAGUCGCAAUCCAAUCCAAUCCAAUCCAGUUCUGUCCGGUCCAGUUCAAUCCAGGCCCCCGCCGCCGUCGGGACGGGGUUGGACGUUCAGCCCUGCUGGCCAGUUCCGUGAGUUUGACGUACGCGCCCGUCGGGUGACGUAGCAGAGCUCGACCUGCUCGACGCUCCCAGACUCUGCGAAGGUACGCACAAGCACGGCGUUGCACAGCGCAUGUGCCCCCAAUGCUGUUCGCCGUCACAUCACAAGCCCCAAUGCUGCCCCCCUUUGUCUUUGCCGCUCGUGUCUGCCUUUCUCAUGAGCCCGGCUUGCCGGCCGAGAGAGAAAAGUCCCGCAUGCACGCACGGCACGCACGCGCCCGGAUGCUGACCUUCGUCGCUGGGGGGGUUGUGUGUGUGUGCGCGCGCGUGUGUGUGUGUGGCCCCGUCGGUUUGCGCAACUAACGGGUGCUUGAGAGCGUCAUCAGUGUCUUCAUAAUCACCCUUUCCGUCCGUCUCUCUCUUCUCUCUCCUUACCCAGCCCGUCCGCCACGACCCUGCGCGUGCCUGCUGCUGCUGCUGCUGCUGCUCCUUGCUGCCACGAGUGGUGCGAGCGGUCGUCCCUGUCCGGGCGAAUCUUUGCUUCGGGAGAUCUUGAUUUUGACGACCCCGGCAAGUGUAAGAUCAACGUCAUCCGCUCGUAGUACUCGCUGCAUGGCCAGCACUUUUGGCCCUUUUCCAACCGGCCGGACACGAACAGGGCUGGCGUGAGUCGCGCAAGCGGAAAGUCGACAUUUUUGCGCCUUGUAUUUCUUUCAUAGCCUGCCUCCUCUUUUUGAGAUUCCCUAUGCGCGGCGCUGCAUAAUCUAUCCCCUCUGUACUUAUUAUGGCCGAAGCGGCUUCGUUGCCUGACAGACUCGCAAGACUGAAGAUGGCUCGAGCAGAAUCAUCCUCGUCCUACAACUCGAUACCCAAGGACGGCGCCAUGUUGACCGGCAAGCAAGAGCACUACCUCAAACGCGAGCUCAUCAGCCAGCAAGUGCGAUUCGAGAUCAAUGAGCUCAGCUCCCCAACCGCGCUGCAGCGCUUCGGAGCCCCCUUCAGAGGAGACAAGGGCGAGGUGGCACCGCAAGAUUCCGAAUUGCCCUUACUGCGGUAUAUGUUCGUGCACCAUGUGCGGACAUUCCCGUUUCUAAACCAGGCCAAAGAGAAGGAGUUUUGGCAAGACCGGGUGCAGACGUUCCUCGAGUCGUUUGCGACAAAGCAGAUCUCCUCGUCCGAUGACAGACUGGAAGAGUCGAAGAGACGCAAGCUUGCCAAGAAGGCGGAGAAGCUGGUGGAGAUCAUGAUGGUUUCGGGCAUACCGACGUCCUCUGGCUACGAGGAGCGCAUCCGCUUCUCCGAGAUGGAGGUCGUGGAUCGAGGUGCACAGGAACAAGGCCUGGUCGCGAAUACUCCUGAGGGUCACCCAAUCAACGGCUGGGAUGUUAACAUCGCGGGCGUGCGUAUGAACACUAUCAAGAAACGGUUCGGGAGAAGCGCCCACGAGGGCCAGUACAUUAUCCGUGUAAAGACAGCGGACAAGCCGGAGCACUACGUGAUACGAACGUACGAUGAUUUUAAGCAGAUGCACAGCAAGCUUCGUGUGGAGUUGGCUGGCAAAGUGUUGCCUCCUCUACCCAAAAGAAAUUCCUCAGACUACGUUAUGCCCAGCUUCAUUGACGACUCAGAAUCCAUGUCGUCCUUCUCCUCUGAAGACACGCUGCCUCAUGAUCAUGACGAGGCUCGACGGUCCAGAGGCCACUCUAUGAGCAGCGAGAUCGAUGGACUCAAGGUUGGUUCUUACGAGUCUAGCACGUCGCUACAUUUGGACCGUACCAAUGAUGCUGGCGACGACGGCAGGCUAAAGCCGGAAGGCUUUCGUGCUAAGAUAAAAGACAAAGCACACAAACGGCAAAGAUCAAUCGGGGCUGCCUUGUCACCUAAACCACCGGGUUCGCCCCGGUUGCCGGGUUCUCCAAAGUUGGCAGGUUCACCUCGAGGCUCUUCCGAUGCGCUUGUGCCUCCCAUAUUGUUUCGAGAAGCGCAGCGAGUAUCUCUGAGGGCGUCCCUCCGCAUCUUGCUUCAGAAUCAGCAUAUCGCCAGAUCAAGGUCCAUGCAGGACUUUCUGCUCAAAGACCCCGUGCAGCUCAACGAUGCCGAUCGGGUAGAUCUAGAACGUCGCAAGGCCGUGGAUGACAAGCGGAUAGAGGAGCAACGAAGGUUUUACGAGAUUGCGUCGAAGCGAGCCGCAGAGGUCGACGUGCACAUGGAGCGGUUUCGUCGCGACAUUAUCGAAAGCAAUGGCCUUCGCAAACUGUUUGCCUCAAUCAAGCAGUGCAACUCGAUAUCAGAGCUGCCACCUGAACAUAAGAAGGUGGCGGAGUGGCUUCGUAUUGAGGUCGCUGCUACUAUCUACCACCUCUUCUUGGCCGAGGAUAAUUCUGCCGAGCUCUUUAACCAGCUCAAGCGAAUACAUUCCCUGUUCCCUUAUACGAUUGUGAAAAACGUGAUGCGCUUUGCUAACCCAAUGGCCCUUUUCCCAAGAAUCUUGGACAUUUUCAUGGCCCAGCCGUUCGGUAAUCGCUCUUUGUUGCAACACAUGUUCGGCAUGGCGAUACAAGAAGGGAUUCACAACAUUCAAAAAUCCGUCACCGUACUUAUAACGCAACGGAUACAUGAGCCUGAUCUCCCGCAGGUGAUUCAACGAUAUGUGGAGGCGGAUGAUGUCGCUAAGGCAGAAGUAAAGUCGCUUGCGUUCUACGAGGACAUCGACAUCGUCUACGCUAUACUCAAGAAGUCGCAGGACGCGGAAUGGUGCAGCGAUAUAACCCUGAGCCACGACCAAAUGGCGCUUGCUGAGGAGGCACAUGCUGCCUGGAGGCAGGCCGUAGAGAACGUAGGGUCGACGAGAACGGCCGAGGCAGAAUUGUACGCGCAUUUGAAACAGCUCAUGAAACUCUACAUCCGGCAACGAGACAAAGUGAAGAUGCUCGAGAUGAUCAAUGAGCCAAACACGAUCAGAUUACUACGCAAUCUGCUUGAGAUCUUCUACGAACCGAUCAUGCGCGUCAUCAAAGCCGCCAAUGUCUACAACAGCGUAUCAGACCUGUCAAGUUUCGUGGACGACAUUGUCAGAACGGUUGAGGAAGCGCAGCGGCAGGGCUUCUCCGCCGAUCCUAACCAGACCGUGCAGGCCUUCAUCGACCUGUGCGCCCGGCAUGAAGAGGACUUUUACAAGUUUGUGCACGAAAUGCACAAGCAUGACAACGGUCUUUUCGAUGCGCUAAUGGGCCACAUCGAGGGUGUGCUGGACUUCCUGCGCAAAGGUCCCAAAGGCGGCUCUCUGGACAUGAACGGCCUCAUGCAGCAGGCCGUCGAGCAGGGCGUCGUAGAUUAUGACACAGCGAUCAAGGAGAUCAACGCGCUGAUCAAGUGGCAUAUCCAACGCAAACGUUGGCAUCAGGAGAAAACACGACAGAAGAUGGCUGAGGCCGAGAACUCGGGCGCCAGUGGCGUGGCGUUGCCAGGUUUCAAUAAGAUUAAGCCGAGCGAUUUUGGUGUCGAAGAGGAGGAUCUUGACGAGUUUGAUGAGGACGACGAUAGUUUUGACUCGGAGGAGGAAGAGGAACAGGAUGGUAUAGACGGCAUUCUAGCGGAACAGAAGCUGCGCGCGAGGCAGCAGAGAUUAAAGAGCGGGGCCGGGGAGCCUCAGAAGCCAGAGGUCAAGGAGCUGAACAAGCUGAUGGACGGCUUCUUGGUGAGGUUACGAGCUGUGCUGAGUGAAUAAGGCCAUACAUCACCUAAAAGCGUGCAUCUCCAUGCAAAAACAUAAUAGAGUGGUUGGGAUAAGGCAACACUCAUAGACUCUUUGCAACGACGACCAUACUUUAACGGUAGUCGGCGCGGCGAUGGAAAGCAAGCUAACCAGACAUACAUAUUGUCAAGGAAAUUAUAGCUUACAGUUCCUUGGGCUUUGCAUACAAAUCUCCCACGAGCCAAUAUCUUUCUUAAAUUUAAUGGUUGGCUCACUGAGAGCAGAUGUUAAACCAA